UAACCAGCGGCGGGGUUGGCUUCCACUCCCUUCACCUCGAGAAGCACUUCCGGUGCGCGCUGGGCAACCGCGUCCGUGUGGUGCCGCGGCGCGGGGCGCUGGGUUCCGCGCGGCGCGGGGGCAGCGCCAUGGCGGCGGUGUGGUGCGGCUGGGGAGGCGCCUUCCUGCUCUUGCUGUCGCUGUGCCCGCAGCCGCCUCCCGCCUGGGCCCGCAGCCUCCGCUUCGUGACGAUGGUGUACCGGCACGGGGACCGGUCGCCCAUCAAGGCCUUCCCGCGGGAUCCCUUCCAGGAGCGCGCGUGGCCCCAGGGCUUCGGGCAGCUCACGCAGGUGGGGAUGCGGCAGCAGUGGGAGCUGGGCCAGGCCCUGCGGCGGCGCUACCGCGGCUUCCUGAGCGAAGAGUACCGGCGGCAGGAGAUCUUCAUCCGCAGCACAGACUAUGACCGCACGUUGAUGAGCGCGGAGGCCAAUCUGGCAGGCCUGUAUCCCCCAGACGGACAUGAGAUGUUCAACCCGAACAUCUCCUGGCAGCCUAUCCCCGUGCACACAGUGCCUGAGUCCGAGGAAAGGCUACUGAAGUUUCCUUUGCCCUCCUGUCCGCGGUAUGAACAGCUACAGAAUGAAACGCAGCACUCAGCAGAAUAUAUAAAUAAGACCAAAGAGAAUUGGCAAUUCCUGCAGAUGGUGGCAAAUGAGACUGGGAUCCGGGACAUCUCUCUCAACUCUGUUUGGAGUGUGUAUGACACACUGUUCUGUGAACAAGUGCACAAAAUGGAUUUGCCUGUAUGGGUGACACCAGAUGUCAUGACUCAGUUGAAGGAACUAAAAGACUUUGGUUUUGAAUUCCUCUUUGGGAUCCACAGUCGGGUAGAAAAAGCUCGUCUGCAAGGAGGGGUCCUGCUGGAUCACAUAAGGAAAAACCUCACUAAAGCAGCAAGUAUUUCUGCCCACCAGAACCUGAAAAUACUUGCCUAUUCAGCGCAUGACACCACACUUGUGGCACUGCAGAUGGCUCUAGAUGUCUACAACAAGAUUCAAGCACCAUACGCCUCAUGUCAUUUAUUUGAGCUCUACCAAGAGGAUGAUGGUAACUUCACUGUGGAGAUGUUUUUCCGGAAUGAGAGUGGGAAGGAACCUUUCCCACUGACAAUCCCUGGCUGUCAGCAUAAAUGCCCACUGCAAAGAUUCUUGGAACUCACAGAUCCUGUUGUGCCUCAGGACUGGGAGCAAGAAUGCCAGGUAGCAAGCAGCAUGCACGACACAGAACUGUUCGUGGGUCUGGCUGUGUGUGGAUCCAUUCUUCUUCUCCUUAUAAUUCUCCUCUUGACUGUACUGUUUCGCGUAAAAUCUCAGCCUGCCGGCUACCGGCAUGUUUCCGAUGAGGGAGAAGAGCAGGCCUGACAGUUGCUUCAACUCCUUCCCAGACAGUAGGUGGGAGCAGUGUUGCGCCUAAGGAUGAUUUGGCACCUUCAGUUACUGAGCAUUCUUCUGCUUUGACCAUUGCUUCUCAGAAUGAAGCUGGUACUUGAUUUUUGGAUGCUUUCUAAAGGUGAUCUCCUAGAGAGAGAGGACUGAGCUACUCUAACAGAAAUAACACCUUUUCUGAAACCAGUAUACUGUGUCGUGCCCCCAGUCCUCCUACAUCUUCCCUAGUCUGGGACUCCUAACAUGGCCAGUUAGAGCUGGUCAAGUUUUCCUCCUUUCAAGUGACUGUAAAUGUUACCACUCACCGUGACUGUGGCAGAGGGGCUUGGGCCUCCAGCAGCUUCCACAAUCGGUGCAGUCAGGAGUUUAAUCUCUCUUCAGGGUGAAUCUGCUGUGAGUGCUUAUCUCUCAAGCUGUUGGGCUGAUGAUGGUGGGAAGGCCGGGCUUGGAGCAGAGGGUGCAGCUCAUCAACAACACACUGAGACUCAUCAGCUGCCCAUGCCGAGGGACCUGCUGCAGAUGAUGGCAAACACUGGGAAGUGUUUCUUGAGGUUGCUGCUGGCAACUCUUUUUUUUCCUCUCCUUACAUUGUGGCUCAAGAGAGAACUGGCCUGGAAUCAGGACAAGAUUGAAGACCUGGCAGUAGUUCCUAGGAUUCAGCUCAGAGCCGGUUACGUAUGAUCCAAAGUGGCUCUUAGGAGCUUCAUCAGAGAUGGAAUUUGUGUGACCAUAGCAAACCUACACCCAAUUUCUUGUGCAGUGUUGGCUGGAGAAAGGGGAGUCCCCACACAUAAGGAACUUGGGCCCUGUGUAAAGAUUCAGCCUUUGAGUUUUAAUUCCCCCCCUCUGAACUUCAAGUACCAGUUACAGGGAGUAUCUGGUACUGCUGGCAGUCCAGGUUUCAGCUAUGAGACCAAGGAAUAUGCUGUACUUGCAGAAUGUUUUUAUGCUGUAAAGAAACAUAGCAGACCUAAGACUAGAUUAAAUGCCACAUUCUGUAGUUUUUCUUCCUAUAAUUUUCCCUAUUAGAUGGACAGCAACAAAAAAAAAGACUCAGUAAGGAUCAGAGUUUGCAGGUGACUCUGAAUCCCUUUAUUUGCCACGCUUUGGCAUUUUGUCCAAAGUGUGAUUCCUUCUCCAGACUGGCCUCUCUGUGCAUGCUGCAGUGGCUGCAGGGAACUUGAUGCCAAGUGCUCACCACCUGCCUUGUAGCUAUUGGCAGAAAAUGAAACUGCAGCAGGCACCAGAAGCACAGUCUCUUCACACGUUGAUGCUGCACAUUCACUUCCCACUUCUAUUUCCCUUUCUGGUGCAGUUCCCUUCCUCUCUUGGCGGCAGAAGUCAGUUCCUAGGUUACAGACAUCUCCUUUUCUUCCCCUGUGGAGUACUGUGGGGACUUUUCCCUGCACUGUAAUUGGCAUCUGCCAGCAUGGGAACGCUGAAUCAGCAGAAGCAGCUUGCUGUUCUCAGCAUCUUCAUCACCUUUUUGUCCUCUGAAGAUACAGUCUAGGUCCCCUGCACAGCAAGAAAAUCACAGAGGAAAAGCUACGACCUGUGAAAAAUGGGCACAAGAAAGAGGUGAUAGAAAGUGCAUUUAGGAGGACCAGACCCAUUAUUUUUAAAGACAGCAAAUUUUGCACACACAGAGGAAAGGUUUCUAUGAUGAUUUAGAAAUUUUAACUGUGAAUGACUUUCUGUAAUUGUUCCAAUACAUUUCCUUUUCA